AUGUGGUCCUACUCUUUUCACGUGGUACAGCGGGGAAGUCCACGGGAUUUAAAACGGCCAUAUGAUCAGCGGCCCCGCCACAGGUAUUCUCCAAUCUUCAUCCACCGUCGCAAACCUACUCUACGCGCCAUGUCCGUAACACAUACCGUUCUCUUCCAGAUCAAGGCCGAUGCUGAUGCUGAUGAUGUCAAGGCCGCUUGCGAUCGCUUCAUUGCGCUCAAAGGCAGCUGCCUCCACCCCACAAGCAAUACACCCUAUAUCAAGACGAUCAAAGGUGGUAAGGACAACUCACCAGAGGGGCUCCAGUUCUCCUCGGCGGAGGACAGAGACUACUACGUCUCGACCGACCCUUCUCAUCAGGCUUUUGUGAAGAGCAUCGGCGCUUUGGUAGAGAAAGUCAUCGUGGUAGACUUUGUUGACGGUCUGUACUAG